AAUACCCAGCUGACGUCGUUACUUUAGUUCUCUUUUCCUCUCCUUCCACCCCCCUAAUUGGUGGGCCGAGGAGGUUUCCAAGGUAACCGCGCAGUGGGACGAAUUUAUUAGGUGGAAAGCUAAACCCGGAAGUGACGCUAUUACAUUGCGCCAGCGGUGAGAAGAUGGCGGCGCGCAAGGGUCGGCGGCGCACGUGUGAAACCGGGGAACCCAUGGAGGCCGAGUCUGGUGACACAGGUCCGAAGGGCUCAGCCCAGGUCUACCUGCCCGGUCGAGGACCGCCGCUGCGCGAAGGGGAGGAGCUGGUCAUGGACGAGGAGGCCUAUGUGCUGUACCACCGAGCGCAGACUGGCGCCCCUUGUCUUAGCUUUGACAUAGUCCGAGAUCACCUGGGAGACAACCGGACAGAGCUUCCUCUUACACUUUACCUAUGUGCUGGGACCCAGGCUGAGAGUGCCCAGAGCAACAGAUUGAUGAUGCUUCGGAUGCACAAUCUGCAUGGCACAAAGCCCCCACCCUCAGAGGGCAGUGAUGAAGAGGAGGAGGAAGAAGAUGAAGAGGAUGAAGAAGAGCGAAAGCCUCAGCUGGAGCUGGCCAUGGUGCCCCACUAUGGUGGCAUCAACCGAGUUCGGGUGUCAUGGCUGGGCGAGGAGCCGGUGGCUGCAAUAUGGUCAGAGAAGGGCCAGGUGGAGGUGUUUGCGCUGCGGCGGCUCCUACAGGUGGUAGAUGACCCCCAGGCCCUGGCAACCUUCCUCCGGGACGAGCAGGCUCGAGUGAAGCCCAUCUUCUCCUUCGCUGGCCACAUGGGCGAGGGCUUCGCCCUUGACUGGUCCUCUCGUGUGCCUGGUCGCCUGCUCACUGGUGACUGUCAAAAGAACAUCCAUCUCUGGACACCUACAGACGGUGGCUCCUGGCACGUGGACCAGCGGCCAUUUGUGGGCCAUAUGAGCUCCGUGGAGGACCUGCAGUGGUCACCGACUGAGGACACAGUGUUCGCCUCCUGCUCAGCGGACGCCUCCAUUCGCAUCUGGGACAUCCGAGCAGCCCCCAGCAAGGCCUGUAUGCUCACCACGGCCACCGCCCAUGAUGGAGAUGUCAACGUCAUCAGCUGGAGCCGCCGGGAGCCCUUCCUGCUCAGUGGCGGGGAUGACGGGGCCCUUAAGGUCUGGGACCUUCGGCAGUUCAAGUCUGGCUCUCCUGUGGCUACCUUCAAGCAGCACGUGGCCCCUGUGACCUCGGUCGAGUGGCACCCCCAGGACAGCGGGGUCUUCGCAGCCUCAGGUGCAGACAACCAGAUCACGCAGUGGGACCUGGCAGUGGAGCGGGACCCCGAGGCCGGCGACGCGGAGGCCGAGCCCGGGCUGGCCGACCUCCCCCAGCAGCUGCUGUUCGUGCACCAGGGCGAGACGGACCUGAAGGAGCUGCACUGGCACCCGCAGUGCCCCGGGCUCCUGGUCAGCACGGCGCUGUCGGGCUUCACCGUCUUCCGCACCAUCAGCGUCUGAGAGGCCCGCGCUCUGGCUCCGCUCCCACCUUCCACUUGGGGACUGAGGUUGAAGUCGGUGUCCCUGGAAGGGGUUCGUUCAGGUCUGUUGAGUGCCCCGCCCAAAAAGAAGGGUGUGGUGUGGACCGUCGUCUGCCGUGACAGAUUCUGUUCCAUGGACUGUUCUCUAAAAGCACCGGCUUUGGUCCAGUGACCCUGCUUGCCAAAGGACUCGUUUGACCGCAGCUCUGUGAACCCACUGCCACUCGGAGACUCGGCACAGCCCCCGACAGAGGAUACGGGUGGCCUGUGUGUAGGUGGAGUUUUGUCCACUGUGACACCUGGCUUGACCCUUUGGCCACCUGCUCCAGGACCCAGUUUCAGAUUCAGGAUCCCCAGGGCUUGGCAGUGGCUGGAUCACAUUUGAGGAGUGGCUUCCUCAGACAUGAUGUGGUUCCGCCCCUUGUCUUCGUGCCUGCCGGCUUUGGCUGGCAUUUCCCAGUGGGGACUGUGUGGGCCCGGCCCCUCCCCCGGGGACUCCGGCGGGGCUCCUGAGGGGCAAUAAAAGACCGGAAUGAGGCUGGAA